GAAACAGAAACAGAAACAGAAAAAUGACAGUAGCAGAACGGCACCAGCACUCAGAACAACACACACAGAACAAACCGAAAAAGUGAGCGAAUUAAAAUAAAUCGCAAAAAGUGCGGACACACAUUUAUCCGUUUUGCUUUGGAAUACAAAACCAAAUAUACAACUGCAAAUGUGCCUGCACUGUGCUGUUGGCCACAUUGCAGCCUUCAAGCAACAAACAAUACACAAAUCGCAGCUAUAAAAGCCUGCUACGGUCUUUGUCUUAAAACGAGACUCGACUCCAGUGCCGAGCUGGCCAGAGAGACAGAGAUUCCACAUCAACGACGACAAGUAGUUGUGCCCAGCAGGAAGCACUGGCCAACUGGCAAGCAGAGCAACUGAACGGCCUUCCUGCCUUCCUCGCAGAGUGUGAGGAAAUCGUGUACACAAUAAACGAAAGAGUCGCGGAAACCCCCAGUAUUUGCUGCGGAUAAGUGGCUGCCUAUCAGCACAGCACAGCACAGAACCGACGAACCAAGAUGGCGGCAGCGUCGGCCGCUGUCCAGGGCCACAGACCCAUGGAUCUGGUCGUAUUCGUAUUCGUAUUGCUUGCCCUGGCCACAUUGGGGGGAGUUGUCAGCGUAAAACGCACACCCAUGCUGCAGGUGGAUGCCCUGCGCACCGAAUAUGUAAGCCUGGAGCGGGAUCUCUGGGAGUAUCUGAAGAAGACGGCCAACAGUCAGAACAACAAGCAAACGCAGCUGCGCAAGAUCUUUGUCUCGCACCGUGACUUCAAUGCGAAACCCUUCAUGGAGCACACCUUUGGGGUGCAGCGCUACGAGAUCCUUAAACACUACGAAUGGUCGGUUCUGGAGCGAGAGCUGGAGCACAUAAGCCAACUAUUCGAGGAAUACAAGAACACAUUGGCCAAGCAGAACAACAGCGGCCAGCUGGAUGAGAGUGACAUUCUUGAUCUGACCCAGAAGGUCUUUCGCGAGAGUAACACUGCCCGCAUCCUGCAGGAGAUACAUCGGGUGAUGGUCCAGCAAACACUCUACUACAGAGCCAUGGUGGCCUCCACGAACGAAAUAUGCAACACCCAGCAGUCGGCGCAGCAGUUUGUGUACUCUCUUUAUGCGGACAUCGCUCUGACCGAACUGAAGGCCUACACCAUGAUGGAGUUCUCGUGGAUGAUGCUCCGGGUCUAUGGCAAGGGCAAUUUCACGCAAGAGGCUGAACUGAUGCGCACCGACUACGAGCGACGCACGGAACGGACGCUGAAGCUGCUUAAGGACGUGAUGACGCGGGCCGAUCGUAUUGUCUGGCGCUGUGAUCCCAAAAAGCAUGAGGCUGGCGUCACCUACGACGAAGUGACGCGCCUGCUCCAGGGCUACAUCGAGAACGAGGUGGAUCUAAACAACGAGGAGACAUGCCGCGAGACCUGCUCCUUCUAUCAGUCGACCCGCAGCGAAGGCUGCUACAAGGAUCUCUACUGCGCCCGUCAGCCCAGGUGCUCGGGGCGGCUGUACAACUGCCAGUUUGUCGAUUCGGACAUGUGGGUGUGCCCCUCGCCCAAGAACAGCACUAGGCGCUACGAGUACAUCGAGUACGAGAACGGACGCACGCUGGGCCAGCGGGCAAACUGUGUGCGUGGCACCACCAAGGUGGACAGCUGGUGGCGGUACCUCUUCUGGCAUUGCAGCUACUGCUUCUGCAUGUGCGACGAGCAGGGCCUCAAGUCCGAUCGUUUCUUCAAUCUGCGCGAGGCAGUGUCCGAUGUGAAGCGCAACAGGGUCGUGACCGGACUGCGUUUUGUGAAGAAGAACCGCAUUUUCCAUCUGCAGAUACAGGAGGGAGAGCUACUGCCGCGCGGCGGCAUCAACCAUACGACUCUGUCGUGGAAGCCCGUCGAGAAUUAUAACAUCUUCGACCGGGACGUGAAGAAGGGCACCGACUAUCACACCCUCAGCUACGAGAGCCGCUCCGUUGAUCUCGACGAUGUCAACACGGACGACAAUAGCUUUGUGGUCACCGGCGUGCGUUUUCGUGUGGUGGGGGCCCAUCUAAAUCUGGAGGCCUGCUACAGCGAGUUCGAUUUCAAGACGGGCCAGCUGCUGCAGCCGGAGGCGAACAGCUAUUGGAAGUCCAACGACAACACCGAUGUCAGCGGCGACAGCAAGACGCGCAGGGAAAAAGUGAGCCUUUCUAAUGCGGACGUGUCCACUCGUACCAUCACCUACUCCAUACCUCAGUCGCGCCACAACCAGUACAUCGAGUUCACAAACACGGGCCUCGAUAAGGAUGCGGCCCAGAGCACAGUCCCAUUCAUGGAUGUCCAGGAUGUGAUCUCGAAUCCCCCAGUGCCCCUGUCGGGCAUUGGCAUCUACUACAAGGGUCGCAACGGCUAUGGCGGCUUCCUGGGGCCCAAGAUCAUCACCUACGACUUUACGCCCCAUGUCCAGGUGCCCAAGAACAAAUAUUAAGGAGAUCAGAUCGAAUGAUCCACGUAUUUCCAUAGCUUUCCUAGUUGUAAUACUACUACCUACAGAAUACACACCUUUUGCAAUUACUUUCGUGUGGUCUUAGUGAGAGGACUCGAAUCAAAGACAAGAACAAGAGAAUAUUAACUAAAAAAUAUUGGAAUUAGCCAUAAAUAAAGAGAACAAAACAAGCCUCGAAA